AUGAUCUCCCUCCGUUUCCAGCAGGCGAGGCAGCAAAAUCUGUCGUCGCCUGUUAAACCACUACGGUCAUUGCGCCUCACUGAUUAUAGAAUUCUGACGUCGCCAUCCAUCUCUAUGCUGAAGGAAAGAGACGACUGCGACGAGGCGGCAGCGACGAGGCUCAACGAUGGCGGCAGCGAGGCUCAACGACGGCGGUGGCGAUGCUCAACUGCAGCGACGGAGAAGAGGAGGAAUUAAAAAUUAAAAGCAAAAAAUAAUAAAAAGAUCAAAUUUUAAUGUUAUCAUACGUGAAAGCUAACGUGUUUGCUAAGCUGGAUCACCGUUGACAAAGAAUUAGUGGUAACGAAAUUAAUGCUAAUAUUUUGCAACGUUAAUUAACGUUGGC